AUGACAACAGAGAAGAGUUUCGCGGCCGAUGCCGACAAUUCGGAGCAGCAGCAAGCCAAGGAGGAGGACGGAGCUGCUGAAACAAAAAAGCAGGAGGCUUCCCUAGAAGAGAGGGCCCAGCAGACAGAGGGCCAGCCUGCAGCGGGGCAGAAGCAGGCGGCCUCCAACGGCGAUACGCCCGCGCACGAGGAGCAGAGCAAGAAGGAGCGCCGCACCUCCGAGGGCCGGGGUCUCUCCCGCCUCUUCUCAUCCUUUCUCAGGAGGCCCAAGUCUCAGGUGUCUGAAGAGGACAAGGACACUGAUGCACCUAAGGAGGCAGAAGGUGACCCGAAAGACCCGGGGUUAGGAGCCAGCCCUGAUGAAGACAUCCUGGUGAAAGCCCCGAUUGCAGCCCCUGAGCCUGAGCUCAAAACUGAUCCGUCAUUAGAUCUCCAUUCCUUGAGCAGCGCAGAAACACAGCCUGCACAGGAGGAGAGGAGGGACGACCAGGAGCUGGACGGCAGAGACCUCGAGGGCAAGGAAGGAGAGGAAGCAAAGGAAGAGUGUGCCAAGCCAGAGCCGAAACAAGACACUCCGGAGACCAAAGCAGAGAAGGAUUUGAAAGCUGCCCAGAAAGCAGUAAAACGACACAGAAACAUGUACUGCAAAGUUGACCUGCUGGAUUACACCGUCUUUGAGUGUGCCAUGGAUAAACACGCCAAGGGGCAGGAUCUACUUAAAAAAGUCUGUGACCACCUCAAUCUCCUGGAGGAAGACUACUUCGGUUUGGCCAUAUGGGACACGCCGACCUCAAGGACGUGGCUGGAUCCUGCCAAAGAAAUAAAAAAACAGGUUCAUGGAGGCCCCUGGGAUUUUACCUUCAAUGUCAAGUUUUAUCCGCCGGAUCCCGCCCAGCUGACAGAGGAUAUAACCAGGUAUUACUUGUGUCUUCAGCUCAGACAAGACAUCAUUACGGGGCGGCUGCCCUGCUCCUUUGCAACUUUGGCUCUGCUGGGUUCGUACACAGUCCAGUCCGAGCUGGGAGACUACGAUCCUGAUCUGCACAGCCCGGAUUAUAUCACUGAAUUUAAAUUGGCCCCGAACCAGACAAAAGAGCUGGAAGAGAAAGUUGUGGAGCUUCAUAAAACGUACAGGUCCAUGACUCCAGCCCAGGCAGACCUGGAAUUUCUUGAGAAUGCAAAAAAGCUGUCGAUGUAUGGGGUCGACCUUCACCAAGCCAAGGACUUGGAAGGAGUGGAUAUCACCCUGGGAGUCUGUUCCAGUGGCCUUCUUGUUUACAAAGACAAACUGAGAAUCAACCGCUUCCCUUGGCCCAAGGUGCUGAAGAUUUCCUACAAACGCAGCAGCUUCUUCAUUAAGAUCCGGCCGGGGGAGCAAGAACAGUAUGAAAGUACAAUUGGGUUCAAGCUACCAAGUUACCGGGCAGCGAAGAAGCUGUGGAAAGUGUGUGUUGAACAUCACACGUUUUUCAGGCUGACUUCCACCGAGGCCAUCCCGAAGAGCAGGUUCCUGGCACUGGGCUCCAAAUUCCGCUACAGCGGCCGGACGCAGGCGCAGACGAGGCAGGCGAGUGCCUUGAUCGACCGACCCGCUCCCCAGUUCGAGCGGACGGCAAGUAAGCGAGCGUCCAGAAGCCUCGACGGAGCUAAACGUGCAGCUCAAAAAGUUGAGUUCAGAGCCGUAGAGGAAGAGAAGCAGGAGGAGGUGGUUGUGGUUCCCGAACCAAAACCCGUGGAUCAGAUCCGAGAGAAGCCAGCCAAACACGCUCUUGAAACUUUUGAAAUGAAACCCAUUGCAGAGGAGGAAGAGGAGGAGGAGAAGGUAGAGGUGGCUAAGGUUCCCGUUGCUGAGCCAAAGUUACCGGAGCCGUUGCAGAAGCGGUCAG